AUGGACGUGGACAUGGACGUGGACGUGGACGUGGACGUGGACAUGGACGUGGACGUGGACGUGGACGUGGACGUGGACGUGGACGUGGACGUGGACGUGGACGUGGUCGUGGACGUGGACGUGGACGUGGACAUGGACAUGGACGUAGACGUGGACAUGGACGUGGACGUAGACGUGGACGUGGACGUGGACGUGGACUGUGGACCUGGACGUGGACCCUGGACAAUGGACGUGGACGUGGACGUGGACAUGGACGUGGACGUGGACGUGGACGUGGACGUGGACGUGGACGUGGACGUGGACAUGGACGUGGACGUGGACGUGGACGUGGACAUGGACGUGGACGUGGACAUGGACGUAGACGUGGACGUAGAAAUGGACAUGGACGUAGAAAUGGACGUGGACGUACACGUGGACAUGGACGUGGACGUAGACGUGGACGUGGACGUGGAUGUGGACGUGGACAUGGACGUGGACAUGGACGUGGACAUGGACGUGGACGUGGACGUGGACGUGGACAUGGAUGUGGACGUGGACGUGGACGUGGACGUGGACGUGGACAUGUACGUGGACGUGGACAUGGACGUAGACGUGGACGUGGACGUGGACAUGGACGUGGACGUGGACGUGGACGUGGACGUGGACGUGGACAUGGACGUGGACGUAGACGUGGACAUGGACGUGGACGUGACGUGGACAUGGACGUGGACGUGGACGUGA